UAGGGGUUGAGGGACAUAGAGUUACGAAGAAAUGGAGUUGGAAGAAGGAGAGGUUCCAAAGGUGGAUAAUACGCUUUCUCAAGUAUCGAAAGAAACGAGAUUGUCGGAUUCACCCUUUAGUGACCCCUCUCGUUCACUGAGUCGUAGCUCUUUGAAAGCGAAUGGCGCGGUUGCAAAGUCGCAAUUCGUUCGUAACCUUCCUGACGGAAUAUCUAGGUUAACCAAUAGCGGUAUAAACUUUGCAGUUUUCAACGGUAGAAGACCUGUGGAAAGAAAAACAGUAGUACCGAAAAUGGAAAGCAGGAAGAAUCAGGUUGUUCAAGAAACUGUAAUUCCUCUCUUAUCGAGUUACAAGAGCGAGUUGAGUGAGUUAGAAACCGAAAGAGAACGAAGGAGGAAGCAGUGGCAGUCAAUCUUAGAGAAACGAAAGUCUUGUGAUGAAGGUGACGUUGAAUCAACUGGUUUGCCCAGUAUUCAGUGUGUGAAUAAGUCACGAAAGACAAGUGACCAUUCGGGACAAGUUGACAAUACUGUUGUGGAAGAGGAGUCAGAAGGAGAAUCGAACGAAAGUAAAGUUUUGGGAGAUACCAGAGACUAUGAAAGUUUCAAGGAAGACAAAGAAAUACGAGAGCGCCUUUUGAGAAUUCGAGAAGACUCUGCAAAAGAAAGCGUUGAGGAGGGACAUAAAGUUCUGCACUCUUCACUAAAGAAAGAAGAGGGGGCUACGAAGUUCUCAGUAGAUAUAUUUUCGGACUCACCUGUUGAAGACUCGAGUAAAGAGUUUUUGGAGCCUCGACGUGUGGUAACUGAAAGAGUAGCUGAUGAUGCAGCUGAUUUGGAAGGUUACUGUAAGUUGUUACCUGGUGAUAGAUUGGAUAAUGACCGCUACACUGUUUUAAACAUCGCUGGAAAAGGAGUAUUUUCAAGUGUUGUUCGCGCUUUGGAACAGACCAAUGAUACUACUAGGGAAGUUGCUAUUAAAAUUAUUCGGAAUAACGACGUCAUGCUAAAAGCGGCUCAAAAAGAAAUCUCAAUUUUACGUAAACUGGAAGAGAAUGACCGACAAGGGAAGCGACAUUGUAUUCAAUUCCUUAGGCACUUCAACUUUGGCAGUCAUAUUUGUCUGGUAUUUGAAUCUAUGCAAAUGAAUUUGAGGGAAGUACUAAAGAAGUACGGCGGAGAUCGAGGUAUCUCUAUCAAGGCAGUGCAAUUGUACACUCGACAGUUAUUGAAUGCUCUUUAUGUUUUGUACAAAAGUAAAAUGAUUCACGCUGAUUUGAAGCCUGACAAUAUUUUAGUGAAUGAAGAAAAGAAUAUGGUCAAGAUAUGUGACUUUGGAAGUGCAUGUUUCACGGACGAAUGCGAUAUAACUCCAUAUCUAGUUAGUCGCUUUUAUAGAGCUCCUGAAAUAAUAUUAGGACUUUUAUAUGGACCUCCAGUAGAUAUGUGGUCAUUGGGUUGUUGUUUAUUUGAAUUGUAUACUGGCAAGGUUGCAUUUCCAGGCCGUAAUAAUAACGAAAUGCUUCGUCUUUUUCAGGAGCUGAAAGGAAGUUUCUCGAUGAAAAUGAUUCGCAAGUCACCGUUUCGUCACAAAUAUUUUGAUUCUGCUGGCAACUUUCUUCAGGGAGAAUGGGAUCCAGUUUCUCGUUCUGAAGUUUUCAAAGCCACCAACAUACGCCCUAAAGUAGAUUUAAAGUCUCGUUUAUUACGUGUUGCAGAGACAGAAGAAAGAAAACUGGUUCCUCUUUUAGCUGAUUUUUUGGACAAAAUUUUUACGCUCGAUCCCUUUAAAAGGUUAUCAGUAAUAGAAGCUUCUAAACAUCCAUUUGUUGCUACAUAAGACAACUGUUGUGAAACUUUAUGAAGAAAUAUAUUUAUUGAAAGUCUUUGAAGAAAAAGGAUUCUUAGAUG